AUGUGGCCACUAUACUGCUCAAAUGUACGAGAGCUUGGAUUGGUGGUGGUAUCAAUUGGGGUGGCGACUCUUACAACACUCUAUGCGCUGGUGCUCCUGCUGUCACAUUCGCCAAGAAAACCGCUCCCGGAGGAGCUAACUUAUAAAACCAAUGGACUCCAUGGCAAGAUCGUAAGCGGUCAAUUGGUAUCUGUGAAAGACUCGGGUGUGGAGAAUGCCGAAGGGAUAGAGCUUUCGGUUGUUAUUCCCAGCUAUAACGAAAUUGGGCGUAUUUUAGUCAUGCUGACGGAUACCAUCGAAUUCUUGCAGAAGAAGCUGGAGAACAAAUGGGAGCUACUGGUUGUGGAUGACGGGUCACAGGAUGGAACGUCUGAAUACUGCCUGGACUUGGCUCAAAACACGUUUAAGCUCCAGCCUGGGCAGCUAAGAGUGGUGAAACUGCAGAAAAACCGCGGUAAAGGUGGUGCUGUGAGGCACGGAAUGAUGUACAUUAGAGGCGAGUAUGGGCUUUUUGCAGACGCUGACGGCGCGAGUAAGUUUGCAGACGUCGAAAAACUCUUGGCAUCCAUCAAAGAAUUCCGGAAAAAAGGUCACAGCGCCGUUGCGAUCGGUUCUCGGGCGCACAUGGUUAAUACGGACGCCGUGGUCAAACGCUCUUUCAUCCGAAACUUUUUAAUGUACGGCCUGCAUACGUUGGUUUUCAUAUUUGGGAUCAGACCCAUCAAGGACACACAGUGUGGUUUUAAAUUGUUCACUAGACCCGCCAUUGCCGCUAUCUUUCCAUAUUUGCAUACCGAAGGUUGGAUCUUCGAUGUAGAGAUCUUGAUUCUUGCGUUGAGAAAGCGCAUACCUGUCAAGGAAGUCGCCAUUUCCUGGCAUGAGGUCGACGGGUCCAAAAUGGACUUGGCAAGGGAUAGCAUCAACAUGGCAAAAGACUUGGUGGUCAUUAGAUUGGCUUACCUAUUCGGUAUAUACAGUGACUCAAGCGAAUGUUAG